AUUAUCACUAGUAGUGUAGCAGCAGCAUCACUGAGCUGCCCGGCCUCUUCAGGGUUUCCGUUUGCAGCUGAAAGUCACCAGAUUACAUAAAGACAGGUGGAAGUGAAACAUCUGUGAGACUUCACUGACAGGCCACCAAAAGCUCACCUGCAGCAGAAAUGGAUGAUGAUAUUGCCGCACUCGUUAUUGACAAUGGUUCUGGUAUGUGCAAGGCUGGGUUCGCUGGGGAUGAUGCUCCUCGGGCCGUCUUCCCGUCCAUCGUUGGGCGUCCCAGACACCAGGGUGUGAUGGUGGGAAUGGGACAGAAGGACAGCUAUGUGGGAGACGAGGCGCAGAGCAAGAGAGGAAUCCUGACCCUGAAGUAUCCCAUCGAGCAUGGGAUCAUUUCCAACUGGGACGACAUGGAGAAGAUCUGGCAUCACACCUUCUACAAUGAGCUCCGUGUUGCUCCUGAGGAACAUCCAGUUCUGCUGACAGAGGCUCCACUCAAUCCUAAAAAUAACAGGGAGACGAUGACCCAGAUCAUGUUUGAGACGUUCAGCGCUCCUGCCAUGUAUGUGGCCAUUCAGGCUGUCCUGUCUCUGUACGCCUCAGGUCGCACCACAGGUAUUGUGCUGGACUCUGGUGACGGCGUCUCUCACACGGUGCCGAUCUACGAGGGUUACGGUCUUCCUCAUGGUAUCCUCCGUCUGAAUCUGGCUGGUAGAGAUCUGACAGACUACCUGACCAAGAUCCUCACAGAGAGAGGUCACCAUUUCAACACAACAGCCGAGAAGGAAAUUGUUCGAGACAUGAAGGAGAAGCUCUGCUACGUGGCUUUGGACUAUGACCGGGAGUUGGAGAUGGCAGAGAAGUCUUCUGCUCAGGAGAGGGAAUACGAGCUUCCUGAUGGACAAGUCAUCACCAUCGGAGACGAACGGUUCCGCUGUCCCGAGGUCCUCUUCCAGCCUGCAUUCGUCGGGAUGGAGGCACAAGGGAUCGAUGAGACCACCUUCAACAGCAUCAGGAAGUGUGACGUGGACAUCCGUUGUUCCCUGUAUGCAAACAUCGUGCUGUCUGGAGGAACCACCAUGUUCCCUGGCAUCGCAGACCGCAUGCAGAAGGAGAUGACUGCCAUGGCUUCAAAAAGCAUGAAAAUCAAGGUUAUCGCUCCACCGGAGAGGAAGUACUCCGUCUGGAUCGGCGGCUCCAUCCUGGGCUCCCUCUCAACCUUCCAGCAGUUGUGGAUCAGCAAGCAGGAGUACGAUGAGUCUGGACCUGGCAUCGUCCACCGCAAAUGUUUCUAGGCAGCUCGGUUUCCUGAGUCCAGACAGCAGACAUGAUUUCAUCUGCAGAACUAAACGACCACAGCUCAGCUUCACCCUUAAUUUAAGACACUAAACUGUGAAACGGCUGUUGUUGAACCCUGUGACCCCAAUAAAAUGUUUGAUUCAUAGAACAA